AUGGGGAGGAAUGUCUCAGCUGUGAUUCAAAGCAAACUUCCUGAAAAAUGCAAGGAUCCAAGUAUGUUUGCUAUUCCUUGUAUGAUAGGUGAUACUAGACUUGAGAAAGCCAUGCUAGACUUAGGAGCAUCUAUUAAUGUUAUGCCAUAUUCUGUGUAUGCUUCUUUAAAACUUGGACCUUUGAAUAAAACUAGUGUGGUUAUCCAAUUGGCUUAUAGAUCUAAUGCAUAUCCUAGGGCUCGUAGGAAAUUGGAGUUUAGUGCACUGGCUACUGAUUCCCCAUCUUCCUCACAUUAUGAUUUAGAAGAAAAACCCAUGGCUCAAAAUCGGACUUUAAAAGAGCUUGGAGCUCCAAAUUUAGAUCAACAGCCUUUAUGCAUUACGUUUCCUGCUUUAGAUGCUAAUGUACAAUUUGAAUUAAAAUCUGGGUUAAUUCAUCUUUUGCCUUCUUUUCAUGGACUUGCAGGAUUCAGCGCAGCAAAGGAUUGGAUAUAUUAUCUACCUUCCGGGAGCAUCGCCACAUGGAAUGACUUGAAGACGGUGUUCCUUGAAAAAUACUUUCCAGCUUCAAGGGCGGCCAACAUCAUAAAAGAAAUCUGUGGUAUAAGAAGCAUGAUUGAUGCUACAAGUGGAGGUGCAUUAGUUGAUAAGAUACCGGAUGUUGCAAAGAAUCUAAUUGCAAACAUGGCAGCAAAUUCUCAACAGUUUGGCAAUAGACUUGUCCAACCAUCCAAGCAAAUAAAUGAGGUAAGUAUUUCCAAUCUUGAACAACAAGUGGCUGGUUUAACUACUCUUGUUCGUCAAUUAGCUGUAGGAAAUAUGCAAACUGUGAAAGCUUGUGGAAUUUGCUCGGUAGUUGGACACCAAACUGAUGCUUGCCCAACUCUUCAAGAAGAACCGAUUGAACAUGUCAAUGCGGCUGGAGGUUUUCCUGGACAACCUCAAGGUAAGUAUGAUCCAUUUUCUAAUUCAUAUAAUCCUGGUUGGAGGGAUCACCCGAACCUUAGCUAUGGGAACUCACAAGGGAACCAGAUUGUUCAGAAUCGUUCAAAUUUUCAGCAGUAUAGACAACCAUUUCCUUCAAGACAACCACCGGCCCAAAGCUCUAACUCAGGUAUGAAUCUUGAAGACAUUGUUAAGUCUCUUGCCAUUAACACUUUACAAUUUCAGCAAGAAACACAACUAUUCCAACAAGAUACAAAGUCCAAUUUUCAAGAAACGAAGGUCCUACAAAUGUUACCCCCAUCAGUAGACCAAGAAAAAGAGGGAACUAACAACAACGAAAAUUCUCAAAGUAAGUUCCCUAGUCCUUCUGAUUAUAAACCAACUCCCCCAUUCCCUCAAGCUUUGUCAGAAUCUAAAAAAGAAGCGAAAGAUGUAGAGUUAUAUGAAACUUUCAAAAAUUGUGAAGUAAAUAUUCCAUUACUUGAUGCAAUAAAACAAGUUCCUAGAUAUGCUAAAUUCUUAAAGGAGUUGUGUACAACAAAAAGGAAGCAAAAAUAA